AUGUCGCUGCUCCAAGCCUUCAUUUUCCAUGAGAUGAUGCGGAUACAUAACGUGAAACAUGUCUUUGGAUACCCGGGUGGAACCAUUCUCCCUGUCUUUGACGCUAUCUACAGUUCCCAAUAUUUCGAUUUUAUUUUCCCCAAGCAUGAACAGGGUGCAGGUCACAUGGCAGAGGGAUAUGCAAGAGCUUCAGGCAAGCCAGGUGUUGUCCUUGUCACAUCUGGACCCAGUGCCACAAAUGCCAUCACACCCAUACAAAAUGCUCUCUGUGAUGGAGCCCCUCUGGUCGUUUUCUGCGGCCAAGUGGCCACCUCAGCCAUUGGCAGUGAUGCAUUCCAGGAAGCCGACAUAUUGGGAAUCUCCCGCGCCUGUACUAAAUGGAAUAUCAUGGUCAAACAUACAUCUGAAUUACUCCAGAGAAUUAACGAAGCCUUUGAAAUUGCCAUGAGUGGAAGACCAGUUCCUGUGCUCGUGGAUCUACCCAGGAAUAUCACAGCUGGUGUGCUCUGGCAAGCAGUUCCAGCUGCGUCCGCCUUGCCCAGUCUACCUGAAAUGCAGGCCCAGACUCCUCAAGAACUCGCGGAUAAGGCCUCGAUCCCCGUCACCACCACCUUGCAAGGACUCGGCGCCUUUGACAAACUCGAUAAGAAAUCCCUGCGUAUAUUGGGAAUGCAUGGUUCAGCUUAUGCCAACAUGUCAAUGCAAAAAGCCGAUCUCAUCAUUGCCCUUGGUGCACGGUUUGAUGAUCGUGUGACCUUGAACAUCCAGAAGUUCGCACCUGCUGCAAAGGCAAUUGCGGCUAAUGGCUGUGGUGGUAUUGUGCAUUUUGAAAUCAUGCCAAAGAAUAUUAACAAGGUUGUCCAAGCUACCGAGGCUGUGGUUGGUGAUAUCUCAGAAAAUGCCACCCAUCUCCUUCCCCUUGUAAAGAAGACGACCAUGUGUUCUGAAGAACGGUCGCACUUGAUCAAGCCCCAAUAUCUUAUUGAACAGCUCAGCAACCUCACUGCUGAUCACAAGCAUGAGACCAUCAUUGCCACGGGUGUUGGUCAGCACCAAAUGUGGACAGCACAACACCAAGGUGGCUCGGCCCGAGGCCCCCUGGUCAUUGACAUCGAUGGAUAUGCAUCCUUUGCAAUGACUCUCACUGAGAUGUCUACUGCCGCUCAAUUCAACAUUGGUGUGAAGGUCAUUAUUCUGAAUAAUGAAGAACAAGGUAUGGUCACACAAUGGCAGAAUCUCUUCUAUGAAGACCGCUAUGCACACACCCACCAGCAGAACCCCAAUUUUAUGGAAUUCGCCAAAGAAAUGCGCAUCCAGCAUCGCCGCAUCAGCAAGCCAGGGGAGGUUACUGAUGCUUUGACAUGGCUCAUCAACACGGACGGACCAAGCCUGCUGGAGGUUGUCACCGACAAGAAGGUGCCUGUUUUUCCCAUGGUCCCUGCCGGGUCGGGUCUCCGUGAGUUUAUUGCGUUUGACGCCGAACAGGACAAGCAGAGGAGAGAUCUAAUGCGUCAAAGAACUUCUGGUCUUCAUGGAGAGUAA